UCCCGUGAUUACAAGUAGCAAAAGCGGAAUUGCCCCCCGAAGAAACCUCACUUGCUAAAGAUUCGGUAAUUUGUUCAGGCGCGACUCGAGUCGACUGGACCAUCUCUCUCUCUCUCUCUCUCUCUCUCUCUCUCUCUCUCUCACACACACACACACACACACACAGACUCUCGGUGUUGCCAGAUUCUGAUUCCAAACUUGGCUGAGCUGGUUAGAUCUGUUAUUGGAACCGAACUAUUCUGGUUGGUUGUGAGGUGAUCGAAGAAAGAUCUGCCACUAAAACUGAAUCAGUUCGAUUUACGACUUGGAUCGAUUUUUAAACAAUAAACCGAAGCGAAUUGAGUGGGGAAAAUGCAGAGCAAGGGAUCGAAUAACCGGCUCUCCGGGAUGGUGGUUCGAUCCCCGAUUGCAACGCUCAUGCUGUCCAUGCUCGCUACCAUGACUUCUUUAUACGUUGCCGGACGCUUAUGGCAGGAUGCACAGAACAGGGUUUACUUGGGCAAAGAGCUUGAUAGAAUAACCGGUCAGGGGCAAUCUGCAAUAUCAGUGGAUGAUACAUUGAAAAUCAUAGCCUGCAGGGAACAACAGAAGAUAUUGUCAGCCCUUGAGAUGGAAUUAGUUGCAGCUAGACAAGAGGGUUUUGUUUCAAAUCAUUUGCCAGAGAUAAAUAAAACUCCUCCUAAGAAAAGGCCGCUAUUGAUUAUUGGAAUACUUACAAGGUUUGGUCGCAAGAGUGAAAGAGAUGCAAUACGUAAGGCGUGGAUGACAACUGGCACAGCUUUGAAAAAGAUGGAGGAUCAAAAAGGAAUCAUUAUACGAUUUGUCAUUGGGCGAAGUGCUAAUCGUGGAGACAACUUGGACAGGGAAAUUGACAGUGAAAACAAGCUGACCAAGGAUUUCUUUAUUCUGGAAAACCAUUUAGAGGCACCUGAGGAACUUCCAAAGAAGACAAAAAUGUUUUUUGCUCAUGCUGCAGAAUCGUGGGAUGCUGAGUUCUAUGCAAAAGUCAAUGAUGAUGUUUAUGUAAAUAUUGAUGCCUUGGGUAAUACACUAGCAGCUAAUUUGGACAAGCCUCGUGUAUAUAUUGGGUGCAUGAAAUCAGGCGAAGUUUUCUCUGAACAGAACCAGAAAUGGUAUGAACCGGAAUGGUGGAAAUUUGGGGAUGGCAAAACGUACUUCCGCCAUGCUGCAGGUGAGCUGUUUGUCAUAUCCCGAGCAUUGGCUAAGUUUAUCUCAAUAAACAGAGAUAAUCUUCGUACUUAUGCACAUGAUGAUGUCAGUGUCGGAUCUUGGUUUAUUGGACUUGAUGUAAAGCAUGUUGAUGACAGAAAGUUUUGUUGCUCAUCUUGGUCAUCAGGAGCCGUAUGUUCAGGUGUAUAGUUGGAUUUGCUUAAGAUCCCGAAGGAAAUACUAAAAAACCAGAAGGCCAGAGAUGGUUACAACAUUGCUAUGUGGCUCUCUCAUCUCCUGGAUACUUGACUUCAUCCCCUUCAUUCAUACCUAAUAGUAGUUGUAGUUUACAUUGUGAAUAUCGAUUGCUUUGGAGAGGUCUCUGAAUUUUAACGAAUUAUAGUUUCUGAGCGCAGUCAACCAUAAGGAUUCUCUUGAUAUUUCAAAUUGUCAGGAAAAAGGAGAUCGUUUUCUUGUUGAACAUUCCCCAGAAAAUUGAUGCUGAGAAGUUUUCUA